AUGGCAAAUAAAUUUGAAAAAUCAGCUGAUCCAGAGCUUCCCGGGCAUCUUCUGCUGGAACAGUAUCAGGCCCAGCUAGUAUCUGCAGUUCGUACUACCUUGGACACAUCGUCUAGUCCUAGCUUAUUGGAGGCAGGCUUGCACUUGGCUACCAAGUGGAAUCUAUUCCUUGAUGGACUGGAAUCACCUAUCGUAUCUUCAAAGUUGCGUCCAUGCUUAGAUGAAUCUUGGCCUGUAAUUUUGCAAGCACUUGCACUUGAUGCAGUUCCUGUGGAUUCUGAAGGAAAUGAAGCCCCAAUUGAAAACACCCAAAAACAUAGUGCCACUGCACAUCGAUAUAGUAUGGUUGAAUUGAAAUGUGAAGAUUUUAAGUUCUUGUGGGGCUUUUCGCUUCUUGGCCUGUUUCAGUCACAACAUCCUGCCCUUUGCAAACCAAUUUUACAGCUGGCUUUUGUUAACGCUAAGCAUAGUGGGAACUUGCCGAGUAAUGAUGUGAAACCCUCAGGCUUGAAAUUAUAUGAAAUUGUACUUCCUAUGUUUCAAUUUCUUCUGACUGAAAGAUUUUUUGGAGCUGGGUUACUUCCUACGGAUAUAUGCAAAGAACUGCUGCAGAUUCUUUCAUAUACCACCUACAUCGAUAAUUCUUGGCAUAGUCUUGCGGUAUCCAUCUUAUCAGAGGUUGCACAGAAUUGUCCACGACAAGUUUUCAAUAGUGAAAAUUUGGCUUUGAUAACAAUGGAACUUUGUUUAGGCUACCUUUUUAAAGUGUUUCGGAGAGUUCAUGCUCUUGUGUUGUCCAGUGCUGACACAACAGUAACUCAUCCAAACACUGAAGUAAAUGUGAUACAAACACUAUGUAGCGCAACAAAUGCAGUCAUCAACUGUAUCGAUACCAAGAAUCCCAAAUCAGUGGUUUUGGCGUUAGUUUUAAUUAGCUACAAGUGCGUUAGGGAGGCUUCAACUGAGGUGUGCUUAUCUGAAGCCAUUGAGAUGGUCAACUGUACAAGUCCUUUAUUAAAGAGAAUCAUUGAUGAUGAGCCUGAGCCUGAGCCUGAUGAUAGCAUUAUCCGUCUAAGAGCUAUGUUUGGAACUUGCCUGAGUGUAGUCGCUGCUUUGACUAAGGAUUGCAUUGAGGGAUUUCAUUUGCAGGAGGUUAAAAAUUUCAACCAACGCAGGAUAAUACAUACAAAGCUUGCAUUUUCUCUUGAACAAAUUAUAUCCGUUUCAAAACUGGCCCUUGAAAGUAAAUAUGCCGAAGAUUGUGAAGCAAGGAACUCCAUCUGUGUUGGUGCACUUAAAUAUUGUAUUCGAUGUAUCCAAACUUUACUUAUUGAUUCAAAUACGCAGGUUCAAGUGAUAGGAUUGCAAUUUCUUAAAGCCAGGAUUCAAAGAGGAGUAAAUAUAGAAGAUAACUCUUUUAUGAUGUUUGUCGUUGGGGAGCUAAUUACUGAUAUUUUCACUUUGAUCCACAAACUGUUGAAGAAUACUAUAACAAGAGAAUCAGUAACCAUUGCUAGUGAAUGCUUGAGUCUCCUGGUGCUGUUACAAACCCUGUCUAAAGGUAAUGACUGCCAGAGAAGUUUUAUGAACUUACUUCUGGAGGCAAUUGUCAUGAUUUUCUUGUCAACUGAAGCUGGGUUCUCUCAGGAAGUCAGUGAUUUAAGAAGCACGGCUGUUAAGCUUGUUUCUCGCCUUGCUCAAAUUCCUUCUUCAGCCAUUCAUUUCAAGGAUGUUUUACUAUCAAUGCCUCCUCAUCACCGCCAGCAACUUCAGGGUGUAAUCCGAGCUUCUGUAACACAUGAUAAAAAUCCAAUAGAUCUAAAAGUACCAGUUUUGGACAUAAAACUGCCGAAGCCAUCAGAAGGAAGUGAAGUGAAACAUUCUGUACCAUCACCAGCUGCUGUGAUGCAGACAGAUGACAAUGACAAGGAAGAAGAUGAAGUCAGUGAAGAUGAUUGGGAUGCAUUUCAGUCGUUUCCUGUCUCUAAAAAUGGGGAUGAAGAUGACUCAGAAACAGAGCAUACUGCUGAAGGCAAAGGCCCUGUUAAUAUAUCAUCAGAAAUGGAAAGUUCUAUUGGAGGUGUUGAGUUACAAGAAAGUUCUAUUUCGAAGUCCAUCGAUAGUGAAAAGGAGCUGAAAGGUGAUGAAUGUCUGGAGGUUGUCAAAGAGAAACAUGAUGGAACUUAUCCUGGUACUAAUAAGCAACAAGACAAUGAGAAUCAGGAGAUGGAGGAAAAAUUGCAAAACUCAGUGCUUCUAGAAGAGGGGACAUCAAUCCCAGGAAAUGAACUAGUUUCUUGUGAUCAGAAGCUUGAGGUAAAAGCAGAAAUGGAGAAAAAAUUGCAAUACUCAAAGCUUCAGCGUGAGGGAACAUCAAUCCCAGGAAAUGGACAAGUUUCUUGUGAUAACAAGCCUGAGUUAGCAGUUGAGAAGGAGGUAAAUUUGCAAAAUUCGAGGCUCCAAGAAGAGGGGACAUCAAUCCCAGGAAAUGAACUAGUUUCUUAUGAUCAGAAGCUUGAGGUAGAAGCUGAGGAGGAAAAAUCGCAAAACUCAGGGAUUCAAGAAGAGGGGACAGCAAUCACAGGAAAUGAACUAGGUUCUGGUGAUCACGAGCCUGCGGUAGAAGCAGACGAGGAAAAAUCGCAGAACUCUGGGCUUCAAGAAGAGGGGGCACCAUUCCCAGGAAAUGAAGUAGGUUCUGGUAAUUACGAGCCAGAGGUAGAAGCUGAGGAGGAAAAAUCGCAAAAUUCAGGGCUUCAAGAAGAGGGGGCAUCAAUCCUACGAAAUGAAGCAGGUUCUGGUGAUCACGAGGAAAAAUUGCAAAACUCGAGGUUCCAAGAAGAGGGGGCAUCAAUCCUGGGAAAUGAACUAAAUUCUUGUGAGCAGAAGGCUGAGGUAGAAGCUGAAGGAUCAAUUAAAGAGGAAUUAGUGUCACAUUCUCCAGCACUUCAACAUAACAAGAGUGGUGAUUGUGUUGAGAAAGACGGUGUUAUUGAAAACAAAAGUCAUAUCACCCGCAGCUAG